AUCUCAAGACGGCUAUAAAAAAAAGAAACAAAAUCCGGCGCCGCAGUUUUUCGUUUGGGAGGAGAGGGAGGGAAGGAAGGAAUCAGAUUGGCGCAGAUGAGGCUGGAGGGAGAAGGGAGGCCAGAUCAGUUCACCAGUCGACGAAGCAAGCGGCAGGAGGAGGCGGACUAGGGAGUGGUUGGCGCGUCGCCGUCGCGAGCCAGUGAGCUGCCUAGGAGCGCUCCUUUUUAGUCGCUGCGACGCCCGCGCCUGCGUAGGCGCCGUGUGCUCCUGCCGGCCGCACUGAGCGUGGCGAGCUCUGGGCCAGACUCGAGCGAUCUUAUCAGAUUAUCAGCUGAUUGUCACGGAAGAUGUCGCUAGCCAAGAAAGAAGAGGUUUGCAGUCACCGACUUGUACCGCGCUUGGACGAGCCUGCGGUUGGUGUGCCUAUUAAGAAGAGGCCAUUUUUCUUGUCUGACCGAUCGGUUGCAUCUGCCAUACCGCUCUCGACAAAGCCCCCAUCUCCAACGAAUACAAUGCCUGUUGCUGCUACAGGGUCAGGCUGCCGCGAGGAACCCUUCUUCAACAUCGCUAACUCAGACAGAAAAGUCAUCACCAAAGGUAAGGGAAUCCCUGACACUCAGAUCCAAGACCAUGUCAACACGUCGCUUACUGCGCUAUCCAUGACCAACGGCAACGGGGUGCUAUUUAAUGCAUCAAGUGAGAUCCCUUCUAUUGCAGACAGUGCUACAAGGACGUCUGCACCCGAUGAUGAAUUGCAACUUCAAAAUUUUUUGGCUCUGGAUUUACAGUUACCAUCUCGUCAAAGUGGCAAAAAUAAUAACUAUAGCUCUCUUAGGAAGGAUGAGAAACUGGGCCAGAGUCGUUCGGAACACUACAAUAACGUUCCUGUUGCAAAUGAAAUCAAUGCUUCUGGGAAUAGUAUUGUUGGGAGAUUGCCUAACUUGGAUCUGAAUAUACCUCCGGACCCAGCUGAUUCACUUGAAGGUUUGCCUAAAAUGCAUGAAAGUGGGAGUGGGUUCUAUCAUCAUAGAACAAUUCAACAUCAGAAAGCUCAGGUGACCCCAGCCGCAGCCAUUUCUACGAUAAACAGUGGGAUAGGUCGAAAUAUGUGCAGUACUCUGAACAUGUCUAAUUCAUAUGGGCUUUCUCAUAAGUCUGGACCAGCUGAUGUUACCUUAGAUUUACAACUUAAACCACCAACUAGACCUGAGCUAGGGAUAAACUGGAAAGGACUUGCUCCUGCUCCAGAACUGAGUCUCUCUCUAUUUGGUAAGCCUAUGGACGAGCCUGAGUUUCCUAGCACCCCCAAUGCCUUAUUUCAUUCUGGAACUGCUGGAAGUUCCAAAAAGGUCAGUGGGGAGGCUGCUGCUACACUUGGGUCAGAUAAGGCACCAGUUGAGAAGAUUGUAACACCUGUUCCCUGCAAUGUAAAUCCUCUGAAUACUACAUCAGCAACUGUUUCUGGAAUUGAUCAGCUGCCAUCUAAUAAUUUGGUGAAGAAAGAACCUGAAGAAAUAUCCCAGCAGCAUAUUAUUGACGGCGCUAAAAAGCCAAAUCCAUUAGAACGACAAAGUGUUGGACAAGUUAUCGGUUGUGCUGAAUCUGAAAAGACGGACAGUGCACCCCAAGGUGCUCGUAAAAUUGGGUUUGAUUUGAAUUCUGACAUCUUUGCAAAUAGUAGUAUCCAUAAUGAGUCUGAUGUAGCAGCAGUUGAUGCCCCAAUACCAGCUAAAACUUUACCUGAUACUUGCCAUGAUACGAGCAUGCCUGCUGUUCCUGAAGUAGACAAAUUUGUGAAGCAUGAAGAAUCCACAAGUGCCACCCUCAGUCCUGUUGUGGAAACAGGAAAUGGUCAUACUACACUGUUGGUGGAAGCAAAAUCACAGCGUUCGCAAGGUAAUGUUGCUAGCCCUGCUGUUGGGUUAUCUGAAUCCUCCAGCCAGCCCACCGUUUCUACUGUUUGCAAGCCAACAGCCGGCCAUAUUCGUGCUGAUGAGGAUACGAGGCAGAGGUCUUGUGAUACUAAUGAAUCUUGCGGUGCAUUACCAAGUUCCUCCAAUCCUACAGUUGAACCUUUGCCUUCAAAUUCUCUGGGGAAUGCUAUUGUUGAUGGUAUGUCACAAGGAAGUGCUGAAAUGGACUGUUCAGAUGAUGAUGUUAAUACUGUUUCACGAAUUCCAACUACAAAUAAGCCUCAUGAUGAGUCAUUGGGGAAUGUCCCAAUCAGCAAGGAUGGUAUCAAUACUAAUAAUAACUUAAGCAUAGAGCUAAAGAAAGAACACGACAGUGAUAUGCAUCAAGAUUGUUCAUCUAUGACAAAUAAGGUUACUAUUGAUGCUAUUGAUGGUGACAAGUGUAUUAAAACAAAAGUUGGUGUUUUCAGCCAUGCAGGUCAGCAGGGGUUCCGAAAUGAGGUUUCUGCUAGCGAAAACUCUAAAGACAAACGCUCUUUGAAUUCUGAGAAGAAUACUCCAGUAAAUAAUACUGACCAUAGCAUGCAAGAUGCUAAGACUGCUGCAGGCUCCAGUACCACAGAUCUCCAGAAGUCAUCAGCUUUGCCAAAAUCUGCUUCUCCUAAAAUGCAACCUACUAAGCAACCUCCUAAGACUUUAGAUAGCCGUCUUGGGAAGACUAGAAGCCCAGAUAUAAAGUCAGAGAUGUCUCAAAAUGGUAUGCAAGCUGGGAGCUGUAGUGAGAACCAUGCAAAACUUGCUGCUUUGAAGACAGAGCAUCAGAAUGAAAGUGAAGAGGUCGGUAGACACUCUGAUUUGCACCCAAGAGACUCUGUCCUGGGUGAAGACUCAGAACUUGAUGGUGCUUCAAGCAGUCAACAGCAUAGUGAAUAUAGCAAGAAGACAGCUUCUGAAAAGUCAGAACGUGACAAAUCCAAACCUGACUCUUGUAACAUAUCUGUUCAGAAUGAAAAAGAUGGACAACUUGGGGCAAAUUUGAGAGAACUGGGGUAUGCUUAUGUGAACAGGAAUGAAAGAUGGGAGAGGUUCAUGGAGUCUGAGAGAGAAAAGAGCAAUGGAGAAUGCCAUGGUGGCAGACAUGCAUCUGACGUUAUGAACAAACGAAUGACAAACCACCGUGGUGGUUGGCGGGGUGCUGGAUCCCGUGGCCAUCUGAGGAACUUCCGAGGUCCAAGAAUGCGCAAUGAGUUUGCUGAUGAAUCUAUUGGUGGCAACAGGCACUCAUUUGAAGAUGAACCUGGGCACACCCGAGGUCCACAUAGGAGGCGGCAUUCACCACCACAUGGCUGCCUCAUGAGAGAUACGGACAUUGACGAAUUCUACGGAAGAGAGAUUCCAGAGUAUAGGCUGCCGGCCCGUGGACAAAUAGAAGAUCUCCCAGAUAGCAUGAUGGACGACAGGUUUUUUAUGCCGUAUUCCCAUAGACACCGUGGUCAAGGUGAUCAUGGGUUCAUCCACAGAGACAGAGACAGGAGUCAUUCGCCUGCUGCACAGAGAAGGGUUGGCCAUGUGCAUUUCCAUCGUGGACGAUCACCUGAAGCGAUGCGCAGAUCACCACCGCCGGUAAUGCGAACUGACAGAACAUACAUGCCUCACCGCCAUCACAACGGAAGCCAUGACGAGAGGGGUGCCAUGCAAAGAAAUGACAGGAGGUGCGCCAUGGAAGGUGAUGCCUCAGGCUUCGAGCCACCGCUACAUCCCUCCCACCUAGCUGAGUUCCAUACAGUAGAGGAACUUGUGGGCAGAAGGAAGUAUAGGGAGCGGAGACCAUAUCUUCAUUCAACGGUGAGUGACGAAGACGAGAUGCUCCCCUACCGCACGGAGGAUGACAUGGAGUUUGCUGAAGGAGGUGCUGGUCCACGAGAGCACAACGGCGGCUUCAGGAACAGGAUGGGGCACGACAGGGCACGAGGGGAACAAGAGGACGGGUACAGGCACCGCCGUGGCGGUCAUCAAGGGUGGCGAGACAGUGACACAAAUGACAGACCAAAGAGGAGGAGGUACUGACCUACUGCACUCACAGCUUGACCGGCUAAUGAAGACGACGUCGUUGGCCUUUGGGUGGACUGGACUGGCUGAUGCAUCUGCCACAGAUCUCGGUCUCAGACGAACCCAACACCUUUUUGCCAGCGUCUCCCAUUCCAUAUAUUGCUUUGUUUUUGCUGCAUUAUUUUCUCAGGACAUGGUGCUGCAGCGUCUAAAGCAUACUGCUCCCUCCCUCUCUCUAUAGUAACCCUGGGUCCUGCUCCGUUUACAAGCCGAGCUGCUAGUACAUGUGGAUGAUGAAGGGUGGGUGGAGACACUGAACAUUUUGAGGCCAAGGUCAAAGUGAAAUAAGAACCCCCCCGGCAUGUGCUAUUUUUGCCCUGGGUGCUAGUGCGGCCCUUGUAUUAAAGACCGACUUGUCUCUAUAAUUUGGUUUCGAGUUGAUGUGAGUACAGCUGCUGUGGGACCGACAUUCCAUGGAAAAGGUGAGCCGCGCGUGAAGGCGACAAACGCCACUUGGGUGAAAUUUCACAUGAUCUCUCGAGUGCCCUCCGUGGAACUGGAUGGAGCUGCGAAGCUGCUGCUGCGUACUCGAGGGAUUCGUUGUCCGUGGGGGCUCGACAGCUCCAGCGAUUUGGCAUCUUCAUUGUUCUCUUUCUGUGGUCCAGCUCCAGCCAUACAGGCGUUGUUGUGCCGCUGUCGUACGCGACCCGAACGCGAGCGCGAUGAGAGUCGAUUGGUCUGUCUGCCGUCGCUUUGACCGGCGUUGCGCUUGAUGGUCAAGUCGUCGCCUGCGCAUAGCAAAUCCACACGUCUGCUUGGUGCUUG